GGCCUCGGCCGCGCCGCGCGGCGCGGGGGGCGCGGCGCGGACGCCCGCGCUCAGCUCUGGGGCCGCGGUGCUGGUCGACGGCCUGGAGCGCGACAACGCAAUCCUGCGGCAGCAGCUGGAGCGGCACUUCGCCACAGAGAGGGCGCUGCGCGCCGAGGCAGACGAGCUGGCCGAGCGGCUACAGUGGAGCCGCCAGCGGCGCGAGGCGGAGAUGGCGGCGGUGGAGGCGGAGGGCGCCCGCCUGCGCAGCGCGAUCCAGCAGCAGGAGGAGAGCACGGGCGGUGUCGCCGCGAAGAUAGAGGAACUGCUGGGCCUCAUCUCGGCCGAGGACGCCGCGCGCGCGGCGUGCGAGGCCGCCGUCGUGGACGCCGAGGAGCAGGUCGGGCGUGUCACGAAGGAGCUCGAGGGCCUGCAGAGGCUCGUGCUGCCUAAGCGGGUUCGAGAGUGGAGUCUCCAGACGAUUGUCCGCAUGUCGACGCGUUCCCGAUGCAGGGCGCGCUGCUGCACGCCCGCCACGCGGCGAAGCAGCUGCGCUUCGCCUGCGAGGCCAAGCUGGAGACCCUGCGCUCGGUGCAGCAGCAGCUGAGCAUCCGCCUCCGCGCCGCGCCCGCCGCCACCCCUCCGCCCAGGGCCGGCAGCGCGGCGGGCGGCGCGGCGGGCG